CCAGGACUCCACUCAGAACACGCACGGCAGCCUGGGGUCCUAUAAACGCCUUGGCCCGUGGGCUCUGGAGCAACUAGAGGUGCCUCCAGCGAACGCGGAGCUCGGGGCCCGCUGGGAGCGGGAGAGCGCGCGCCUGGGAGCCGAGGCCACGCAGUCGGAGUCAGAGUCGCGUUCGGAGUCUCGGGACUUGAGCAGAAGCCGCCGCCGGAGAGCGCCGCCCGUGCCUCCAGCGCAGCGCGGCCAUGGAGCCCAGCAGCAAGAAGCUGACGGGCCGCCUCUUGAUGGCCGUGGGAGGGGCAGUACUUGGCUCCCUGCAAUUUGGCUACAACACUGGGGUCAUCAAUGCCCCCCAGAAGGUGAUCGAGGAGUUCUACAACCAGACGUGGAUCCACCGCUACGGGGAAUGCAUCUCAGCCACCACGCUCACCACGCUGUGGUCCCUCUCCGUGGCCAUCUUCUCUGUCGGGGGCAUGAUUGGCUCCUUCUCCGUAGGCCUUUUUGUUAACCGCUUCGGCCGGCGGAACUCGAUGUUGAUGAUGAACCUGCUGGCCUUCGUGUCCGCUGUGCUCAUGGGCUUCUCAAAACUGGGCAAGUCCUUCGAGAUGCUGAUCCUGGGCCGCUUCAUCAUUGGCGUGUACUGUGGCCUGACCACGGGCUUUGUGCCCAUGUACGUGGGGGAGGUGUCCCCCACGGCCCUCCGAGGAGCCCUGGGCACUCUGCACCAGCUCGGCAUUGUCGUCGGCAUCCUCAUCGCCCAGGUGUUCGGCCUGGACUCCAUCAUGGGCAACAAGGAGCUGUGGCCCCUGCUGCUGAGCAUCAUCUUCAUCCCAGCCCUGCUGCAGUGCAUCCUGCUGCCCCUCUGCCCCGAGAGCCCCCGCUUCCUGCUCAUCAACCGCAACGAGGAGAACCGGGCCAAGAGCGUGUUGAAGAAACUGCGUGGGACGUCAGAUGUCACCCGCGACCUGCAGGAGAUGAAGGAAGAGAGUCGGCAGAUGAUGCGGGAGAAGAAGGUCACAAUCCUGGAGCUGUUCCGCUCUCCCGCCUACCGCCAGCCCAUUCUCAUCGCCAUGGUGCUACAGCUGUCCCAGCAGCUGUCAGGCAUCAACGCUGUUUUCUAUUACUCUACGAGCAUCUUCGAGAAGGCAGGGGUGGAGCAGCCCGUGUAUGCCACCAUCGGCUCCGGCGUGGUCAACACCGCCUUCACCGUCGUGUCGCUAUUUGUGGUGGAACGAGCUGGCCGGCGGACUCUUCACCUCAUCGGCCUGGCUGGCAUGGCGGGCUGUGCUGUGCUCAUGACCAUCGCCCUGGCACUGCUGGAACAGCUGCCCUGGAUGUCCUAUCUGAGCAUCGUGGCCAUCUUUGGCUUUGUGGCCUUCUUUGAAGUUGGCCCUGGCCCAAUCCCAUGGUUCAUUGUAGCUGAACUCUUCAGCCAGGGGCCGCGCCCAGCUGCUAUUGCUGUUGCUGGCUUCUCCAACUGGACUUCAAAUUUCAUUGUGGGCAUGUGCUUCCAGUAUGUGGAGCAACUGUGUGGCCCAUAUGUCUUCAUCAUCUUCACGGUGCUCCUAGUUCUGUUCUUCAUCUUCACCUACUUCAAAGUUCCUGAGACUAAAGGCCGGACCUUUGAUGAGAUUGCUUCCGGCUUCCGGCAGGGGGGAGCCAACCAAAGUGACAAGACACCCGAGGAGCUGUUCCACCCCCUGGGGGCUGAUUCCCAAGUGUGAGGCACCUCACACCGCCAGCCCAGCCUGCUCCCAGACUCAAGGAUCCCAUGGAGCACAAACAGCUGAAAGAGACUUCAAGACUUCCAAACUGACCGAUCUCAGCGGAGCUGGGCCUGGGGCUCCUUUCUUCAGCCAGCAAUGAUGUCCAGAUAAUAUUCAGGACUUUAAUGGCUCCAGGAUUUUAACAAAAGCAAGACUGUUGCUCAGCUCUAUUUAUACAAGCAACAGGUUUUAUAAUUUUUUUAUUACUGAUUUUAUUAUUUUUUUAUCAGCCAGAGUUUUCUGUACCUACACCCCAGGCUUCACCCUGAAUAGCUCAGUGCCUGAAGGGUGAAGACUAAGUCCUUCCUAGACAUUUGCCUUCUUCACCAAGCUAAUCUGUAGAACUGGACCUAUGACCAAGGACACACUAAUCGAACUAUGAACUAUGAGGCUUCUACCCCAAGGGGUGGAUGUGGCUACUCUCUUCUGCAGGCCUGGAUCUCCCCAUCUUAGAAGUCAGGCUUCAUUAGGAUUCGUCCAUUCCCUUCCUGCCCAACCACUCAAAUUAAUCUUUCCUUGCCUGAGACCAGUUGGGAGCACUGGAGUGCAGGGAGGAGAAGGGAAGGAUCAGAUUGGGCUGCCAGGUUCUAGUCUCCUUUGCACUGAGACCCAGACGAUCACCGUGAAAGGAGGGCCGUGGGAGGCUGAGAACUCACUGCUCAAGAAGACAUGGACACUCCUGCCCUGCUGUGUACAGAUGGAAGAUAUUUAUAUAUAUAUUUUUUGGUUGUCACUGUUACAUACAGACACUAAGUUAUA